AUGUCAGGCGUCGAGUCUCUAGGCGACGGCGACGUGCGCGAGCGUCUGCUGCCCGAUCGGACGCGCUCCGCCUCGCAGAAUGAGGACGAGGAGCAAGACGCCUUCACGCACGAGGAGUUGCUGCACUCUAUCGGCUCGUUCUCCGCCGUGGUGUGGCCUGUGGCCGUGACCAUGCUGCUUGCCAGUUUCGUGUCGCUUAAUGUGGUGGACCGAGCCUCGGCCAAGGCACUCGCCGAAGCUUACUUGGUGUACGGGCCGGAUAAGGACAAGGGCGCGUCAACGGGGACGAAGGUGGAGAAUGCACUGGUGAAUGCUCUGGCCAUCGUGUCGUUUUUCCUCGUGGCGACGUUCGUGAUUAUGCUGAUCGGAUACAUGAUGUUCUCGUCGGCGAUGCUUCUGGGUAUGCUGGGAGGCAACAUGUUGGUCAUCGUCAUCGCCAAGAUGGAGAUCCCAGUUGAUGUGUUCACGCUGCUAUUUGCCAUGUACAAUUUCUCGGUGGUUGGCGUGUUAUCCAUCUUCUACCAGAAAGGAAUGCCGAUGUGGCUUACGCAGACGUACUUGGUGGCCACGUCGGUCAUCAUGGCUUGGCAGCUGGGGCAAUUUCCAGAGUGGAGCACGUGGGCGUUAGUCAUCGUGUUGGCGUUCUAUGACUUAUGCGCGGUAUUGACGCCCUGUGGACCGUUAAAAUGGCUCGUCAACCUCGUCCAGCAAGAAGGACGCCCGCUGCCUGGCCUGCUUUACGAGGCAGAAAUUCGUCGCGACCACUCGGGCAAUGCAGCGCCUCCUGUGCGCGAGAACGUGUAUUAUCAGUGCGAGACAGAGAUUCCGCUCCGGCUCGGCUCGUCGCGGGAAGCUCCAGCAUCCACCGAGCCAACAGUUCAAACCUCUUUGACACCGCGCCAAGCGCAAAUGCGUGCUCGGCUAAUCGAAUUCUAUACGAAGCACAACCCAGAGGCGAUCUCGCGUGUCGACAAAAUUUUGGAGCGGUAUCACGGGCGAGAAGCUGAACUAUGGCACGACUUGUACCAGAAGUACAUCACUGAUGAAGGAGACGUUGAUGAGACGAUUAAGCUGGGCUUGGGAGACUUCGUCUUUUACAGCGUUUUGGUGUCCCGAGCUGCCAAGUACGAUUUCUCCGCGAUGGUCGGGUGUCUGGUGUCUGUUCUCAUGGGUCUGGGAGGCACGCUCUUUCUCCUUGGAAUCUACCAGAAAGCACUUCCGGCGCUGCCGAUCUCUAUUUUAUUGGCUGUCACGAUGUACUUCUGGCUUCGGGUGGUAUUCGUUGACUUCGCGAGUAGUGCACUGAGUCUUGGUGUUCCUCUAUAA